UAAUCAGCUGACUCAGCAAACAGAAGAGCACAGAACCUUCUAUAAGGCUAAAAAAGGAAAUGAUGUCAUGACUAGGAUGGACCAAGAUCCUAGGAAGAGUCUCAUAACUGACCUGAGGUCUGUUGCAAUUAGGCUAAUCCUUGAGUUGUUAUUUCAGUGCUGGGAUUAGCAAGAAAAAAAACCUACUAAAAAUAUAGGCAUGAAUUAACAGAACAGGACUCAUGAGUUUGGGUCUUGUCUUGAGCAUCUCACAAGUAGUUUUGAGUAUAAACAAGGCAUGGUUGAAGUCAGGACACAAAAUCAGUCCAGAAUGAGUGAAGAAGACUGAACGAGAAGGCACGACCUAACACUUCACUAAUCCAGAAUGAUCCUCUGAGUCAACCUCAGUCCUGGCCAAAGCCAGAUUACUCUACCAGUACCUCACCCACUGUGGGACAGAGAGAAUAUAAAGAGGCACACAGGAGUCCACAGCCAGGUGCUGGAUCUGCUUGACUGGUAGACUCUGAAAUUCAAACAUAACCUUUUGCUCAGUUUGGACUAAUUAUCGUCAUUGGACCACAGCUGAGAAACAUGGCCCUCCUGAGGUCUGGCUGGUUGUGGAGACAAACUUCUGUCCUAAAACGCUGGAAGCUAAACUGGUGUGACCUUUGGAUUGACGGGAGCUUGUGUUUCUACAAGUCUGACAACAGGCGAGAGCUGGAGCAGCGCAUCAGCCUCAAGACAACAUGCAUAGAUGUCCAUUCAGGCCUGGAGUGUGGAGCUGUGACACCACCAGAGAACAACCCCAAGGAAAACCUCAUUGUGGUUUUGCUUAAAGAUAGUUCAACAUUCCACCUGUGUGCCAACAGCGAGGACGACGCCAUAGCCUGGAAGCUGACUCUGCUGGAGACCAGGAGAAAUCCGGUAUUUACGUACGACCCAUAUGACGACUCCUACCAGGCCGUACCCCUGAACAGUUAUAAUACUGUGUACAUCACACCUGGAACUGGACCAGUGUUUGUCCACCAGGACCCGUUUGACGGCGUGGCAGAGAACCUGGCUAUGGGAUUACUGGCAGGGAUGGCAGCGGGCGCAGCCAUGCGCUCGUUCCUCUGGAUGCCCCUCUUUUUCUGCUGACAUGAUCUCCAUUACUGACACGUCAAGGCUGCAUGAGGCCGUCCGCCUCCUCAGACAUCAGCGUGUGUAGAAAGGCUGACUGUUAUCUGCCUAAUCAUAUCUACUGAAGCAAACAGCCUGCUUGUAUAGUUGUAUACUUCAUGUUUGCUGAACAGGAUGCUUUGUUAUGUUUUGCUGGUUAAUUUUGUAUGUAAAUGCUUUUGAAUGCUUUUUAUAUGUUGGAAGCCUAUGUGUAGAUGAUGAAGUAUAUAUAGUAUAUUCUUCAAAUGCUUAUGCAUUGGUCUAAUUUGAUUAAAUAAUCCCACAUUCAGUUCCACAAACAUUUUCCAGAGCUUUAAACCACAAAAAAUGGU